UCGGCUUAGUAAUGGCUGAAAAAUACGUAUUUGUGCAAGAAAAAGGCCAGAAAAAAUAUGGGCCUCCUCCUGACUGGUACGGCCCUCCGCCACCAAAGGGCUGCGAAGUUUUCAUCGGAAAAUUACCCCGUUAUGUUUUCGAAGAAGAACUGAUGCGUUUAUUUUCGACAGUAGGCCGCAUUUAUGAAUUUCGAUUAAUGGUUGACUUUAGCACAUCCACCCGAGGUUUUGCCUUUGCGACUUACACCAAUAAAGAAGACGCCGCCAAAGCUGUCAGAGCUCUCAAUAACUAUCCAAUAAGAUGCAAUCGAUUUAUUGGUGUUGUUCCAUCUAUAGAUAAUACCAGGAUCUUUGUCGGUGGCAUACCACAUACGGUCACUCGUGAUAUGGCGUUGAAAGAAUUUAAACAAUUGACUGAGGGGGUUGUUGGUGUCGAAAUGAAUCAAAAUGCAAUGGAACCUGGAAAAAACCGUGGUUUUGUUUUUGUGGAGUAUGAAACGCAUCGUGCGGCUUCUAAAGCGAGAAGAAUUUUGUUUUCAGACGAUUGCUUAGUCUUCGGAAGAAAAGUAAAUGUCGAAUGGGAAGAUAGGACAUCAGAUUUAGUGGAUUAUAAUACAUUGAAA